AUGGUCGGAGUUGCUGGAAAGUCACAGGCUUGUAACACCUGUAGGGAGAGGAGGGUGAAGUGCGACUUGAGCCGACCCUCUUGUCUGAAGUGCAUUUCUUCGAAGCGAACAUGCGCUGGUUAUGGGCGAGAUCUCAUUUUUGUGAACAGAACCCCAUCAAGACCAGCAUCGACUGCGACGUCAGUGCUGUCAGAGCUCAAGGCUCAGCAGCAGCUGAAAAACAAUUUAGCUACUUCAAAAACGGAGGCUGAGUUGCACCGCUUAUUUUUUAAUUCUUCCCAAAAUUGCCAGGAGUUUCGAAAGUACGCUGUCGAACUAUUGAAAGCUACAUAUCUUCCCAAACAGUCAGCUUCGAACAGCCCCAAGGGAGAGACCAGCGACGGAAGCUAUUCGUGGGCGUAUAGCCUGACAGACCUAGUCGAGCCUAGCAAGUCAUUGGAUACUUCGAUCUUUGCCUUCUGCCUUGCUCAACUCCAUAUUACUGCCACAGGCAAUGUCUCACUUUAUCAAUGUCUUGACCAAUAUAAUAUUGCUCUACAGCAGCUUUAUUCAGAUUUAGGCGUUCCGGGCCGGCAGUUACGAGAAGAAACAUUGGCUGCUAUUUUAGUUCUAUCAACAUGUGAGCUGUUCAUUAGUAAGGGGAAUAAUGGCUGGAGCAUUCACGCACACGGCCUCACAGAGAUUUUACGAUUGCGUGAUCCGGGAAUGACGAUCACUCCAGCAUGGCGACACUUAUUAUCACGCCUGAGGAUUAUCUGCGUUCUCGAGGCUUUGACCAACCGACAGGCUCAAUUUCUUAAAAUUGAUACAUGGGGACAAAUUAUAACCGAUCCUAGAUCCAGCGAUGCCCUGAAUGAAGUUUAUCAAAUGAUUAUAGAUGUUCCUUUCAUCCUCGAAAAAGCAGUUGCUUUGCCUUCCAUCGACGAUUCAAGCAUUCUCCUAAAAGAAUCCAUAGCGCUUAUGCAAUCAAUAUUUGCUAUACUACAGGCUAUCAGAUCAUGGAAUGAUGAUUUCUGGAACGUCUCGCCAACUCCUCGAUUUUGGUUGGUGCCAAGCCGUGUAACUAACCCAGCCGAUGUCGAUUCUUCGAACAAAAUCUUUCCAUUCUGUUUCGAGUUUUCCUCCAUCAACGUCGCUGUGGCGAUAGUGAUGUCCUGGUCGGUGGUCACUCAGCUGUAUAGCAAUAUUAUUCAAAUAUAUGACCUUGUGCAAGCAAGACUGGGUCGUAGUGUUGAGCUUGAUGAUACCCUGGCUCAUGCCGACCCAUUUUCGGUAGACAUACCGACCAUGUUGGGGCCUCCAGGAGGGAAAACUGAAGGUUCUACUACUGACAAAGGCCGCUCAAUACAAGAAAUUCAAGAAGAGGGAACAAGGAUGGUACGCUACGUAUGCCAGUCCCUGGAGUAUCAUCAUAGGAUAGAGAUGGGAACAUAUGGUGGUCACGCAACAACCUAUGCAUGCUGGAGCGCUCGCCAGUAUUUUCGGCUGCAUUCCGGGCAUGAGCGAGAGCGGUUAUGGUUGCAAAAUAUACAUAAGACAAAAGGCCCAGGUACACAAUGGGGAUUAUCGAUGAUGACAUUUGUAGAUAUCGCCGACCCAUUAGGGAGUUCACCAACUAAACAAUUAUAA